CUAAGGUUAAACUUAAAAGCCAGGUUACCUCCCCAAGUGUGUACUGUGUGUUCACCGUGACGAUGAAGCCGAACUAUGGAGGUCAGUGGUUGGGCUGCUCGCUUGCCCUUCACUUCCUGGUCGUAUUUCUCCGGGGCGUCCCUGGGACCACAGCAUUGGAUAAUGGCUUGGCAAGAACGCCUACCAUGGGCUGGCUGCACUGGGAACGCUUCGAGUGUAACACUGACUGCCGGGAAGAGCCAGAAUCCUGCAUCAGUGAGCAGCUCUUCAUGCAGAUGGCAGAGCUCAUGGUCUCAGAUGGCUGGAAGGAUGCCGGUUAUGAGUACCUCUGCAUUGAUGACUGUUGGAUGGCCCCCAGUCGAGAUCCAAAAGGCAGGCUGCAGGCAGACCCUCAGCGCUUUCCUGGUGGAAUCCGCCAACUUGCGAAUUAUGUCCACAGCAAAGGAUUGAAGCUAGGUAUUUAUGCAGAUGUUGGAAACAAAACCUGUGCAGGCUACCCUGGAAGUUUUGGAUACUAUGACAUUGAUGCCCAGACCUUUGCUGACUGGGGAGUGGAUCUACUAAAAUUCGAUGGUUGUUACUGUGACAGCGUGGAUCAUUUGGUUGAAGGUUAUCAGUACAUGUCCUUGGCUCUCAACAGGACUGGCAGAAGCAUUGUAUACUCCUGUGAGUGGCCCCUUUAUAUGUGGCCCUUUCAGAAGCCCAAUUACACACAAAUCCGCACAUACUGCAAUCACUGGAGAAAUUUUGGUGACAUUUACGAUUCCUGGGAAAGUGUAAAGAGUGUCUUGGCCUGGACAUCAUAUAACCAGGAGAAAAUUGUUGAUGCUGCUGGACCAGGGGGAUGGAAUGACCCAGAUAUGUUAGUGAUUGGCAAUUUUGGCCUCAGCUGGGAUCAGCAAGUAACACAGAUGGCACUCUGGGCUAUCAUGGCAGCUCCUUUAAUCAUGUCCAAUGACCUCAGACACAUCAGUCAUCAAGCCAAAAGCUUACUUCAGAAUAAGGAUGUCAUUUCUAUCAAUCAAGACCCCUUGGGCAAGCAAGGGUACCUGCUUAGAAAGGAAGGAAAUAUUGAGGUAUGGGAGCGACCACUCUCAAACUUAUCCUGGGCUGUGGCAAUGAUGAACCUGAAGGAAAUAGGUGGACCCAGUUAUUAUACCAUCAUGACUGCCUCCCUCGGUAGAGGAAUGGCCUGUAAUCCUGGCUGCUUCAUCACACAGCUCCUCCCGGAGAAAAGGAAACUUGGGUUCCACGAAUGGAUCUCACUCAUCAAAGUCCGGAUAAAUCCCACAGGCACUGUUUUGCUCCGGCUAGAUGGACCUAAUUAGAUUACACCAUCAACCCUAAAAAUACAUGAAUGUUUCUCACUCACUCCUUUCCCUAUUCCAUCCAAGCUCCAAGAGUGAUGGCCUUCACUAUACCACUUUUUCUUGUCUCACACACAACAUGCAACUACCUCAGGGCUUAUAUAACACUUGUUCCUGGUUUCUGCUUUGACCAUGCAUCCCAGCUCCUUUGAAAGCUCAGGUUUAGUUUGGCAUUGUGGUGCAGGGUACACAUUUUGGACAGCUUCCCCAGCUUGAAUACUGGCUAACCCAUACUUGUGAUCCAGCUUCUAAAUGGGACGUAGAAGAUGGCCUAAGUACUGUGCUGAUGCCUGGGUCUCUCCCAGCACUUCCCAAUUCCAACAUCUGGGAAAUGCGCCAGCUAAUGGAACAUCUCCAUGCCAUUCUACCUUUCAAAUGUCUUUUUACAUCAAAUUUGUAAAGACAAGGAAUAUAAGCAACCAUCUCAGACAAGUGAUAGCUGCCAGCUGCCCUCAUUGGUGUUCUGUCUGUUCCACUUCCUACCC